GCAAGCUGGAUGAGCUCAGCCAGUUCCCGGAACCUCGGCACCCACCAGGAAUCUACCGCUAAGCUAAACGGACUACACUUCCCAGAGUGCUCUUUGACUCCCGCAGAUCCUCGACUCGCGCGUGCUUUUCCCUGAACGUGUCAGAAUCUUUCUUACUACGACUCCCAUCGUGCCCCGCGCCGUCCCGGGCGCGGCGUCGGCCCUCGGCUGAUUUCCUGUGGAUGACGGAGUUCCGUUUUGUCGAGCGCGAGGCGGACGGUCUGAAACGCAGGGUUCAGUUUUCGCUGGGGUUUCGCGGCUCCCGAAUCCAGCAUGGCUUCCUCUCGAGCCUCUACCACGCAGGCAACCAAAACCUCUAAGGCAUCUGAUGACUUAGUUGCCCCUGUGGUGAAGAAACCUCACAUCUAUUAUGGAAGUUUGGAAGAGAAGGAGAGAGAGCGUCUGGCCAAAGGAGAGUCUGGAAUUUUGGGAAAAGAAGGACUUAAAGCAGGAAUUGAAGCAGGAAAUAUCAAUAUAACUUCUGGAGAGGUGUUUGAAAUUGAAGAGCACAUCAGCGAGCGACAGGCAGAAGUACUGGCCGAGUUUGAGAGAAGAAAACGAGCCCGGCAAAUCAAUGUUUCCACAGAUGACUCGGAAGUCAAGGCUUGUCUUAGAGCCUUGGGGGAACCCAUCACACUUUUUGGAGAGGGCCCUGCUGAAAGAAGAGAAAGGUUAAGAAACAUCCUCUCUGUAGUUGGUACUGAUGCCUUAAAAAAGACCAAAAAAGAUGAUGAAAAAUCGAAGAAGUCCAAAGAAGAGUAUCAGCAAACCUGGUACCAUGAAGGACCGAAUAGCCUGAAGAUUGCUAGAUUAUGGAUUGCGAAUUAUUCACUGCCCAGGGCAAUGAAACGCUUGGAAGAGGCUCGUCUUCAUAAAGAAAUUCCUGAGACAACUAGGACCUCGCAGAUGCAAGAGCUGCACAAAUCUCUCCGGUCUUUGAAUAAUUUCUGCAGUCAGAUUGGGGAUGAUCGACCUAUUUCUUACUGUCACUUUAGUCCUGAUUCCAAAAUGUUGGCCACAGCGUGUUGGAGUGGGCUUUGCAAGCUCUGGUCUGUUCCUGAUUGCAACCUCCUUCACACUCUACGUGGCCAUAACACAAAUGUAGGAGCAAUUGUAUUCCAUCCCAAAUCCACUGUCUCCUUGGACCAAAAAGAUGUCAACCUGGCCUCUUGUGCUGCUGAUGGUUCUGUGAAGCUUUGGAGCCUUGACAGUGACGAGCCAGUGGCAGAUAUUGAAGGCCAUACAGUGCGUGUGGCCCGGGUAAUGUGGCAUCCAUCAGGACGUUUCCUGGGCACCACCUGCUAUGACCGCUCAUGGCGCUUAUGGGAUUUGGAGGCUCAAGAGGAGAUCCUGCAUCAGGAGGGCCACAGCAUGGGUGUGUAUGACAUUGCCUUCCAUCAAGAUGGCUCUUUGGCUGGCACUGGGGGACUGGAUGCAUUUGGUCGAGUCUGGGACCUGCGCACAGGACGUUGUAUUAUGUUCCUAGAAGGCCACCUGAAAGAAAUCUAUGGAAUAAAUUUCUCCCCCAAUGGCUACCACGUUGCAACCGGCAGUGGUGACAACACAUGCAAAGUGUGGGACCUUCGGCAGCGGCGUUGCAUCUAUACCAUCCCUGCCCAUCAGAACUUAGUGACUGGUGUCAAGUUUGAACCUAUUCACGGGAAUUUCUUGCUCACUGGCGCCUAUGAUAAUACAGCCAAGAUCUGGACCCACCCAGGCUGGUCCCCACUGAAGACUCUGGCUGGCCACGAGGGCAAAGUUAUGGGCCUGGACAUUUCUUCCAAUGGGCAGCUCAUAGCCACUUGCUCAUAUGACAGGACCUUCAAGCUCUGGAUGGCUGAAUAGGCAGGACCAUGGACAAAGAAUAACCUUAAGCUCUCCCUCAGGAGCCACUUUCCUCAAAAGAGAGAAAUUGAUAUGUUCUGUUCUAUCAUGUUUUUGCUACUUACCUUGUACAGACCCUCGAUAGAAUGGGAUUUCUGCAGGCAGGCAACCAGACCAGUUCCUGGAUGAUGGUAAACCCCUUUCAUGGUUGAAAAUUUAAUUUUCAUCUUCAAGCCCUGCCAUGAAUGGCGUAGACAUUGUCUCUAUUAAUCUUUUGUUUGAAUGCCCUAUUACCUCCCUCCCUUGCAGCACUGAGGAUUGUGACUGGCUCCCUCCAUUUUUAUUUUUUGGAACUUGGCUUUCCAUGAUAUGGUACAUGCUUCAGGAUUGAUUGUGACCCAGAGAGCAAGGUGAAUGGACUACAGUCUGGAAACCUCCAGUAAAGAGGCACAUCUCACCAUGCACCAGUUCCACAAUGCAUGGACAAAGCCGAGAACCUUUCCUCUGCUUUUGGAGAAUGGAAGACGAAGCAGUUGUGCUGAUGGUUAUGCAGCAGAGAAGAUUUUACCUCUUCCUGUUGAGCACACUUGAAAUGCUGUCUUCAUCAGGAAGCUCAGAAUGAACACUUGUCUUGUCAGAAAACGUCUUCCAUUUUGCUUUGAAGUUUGGUAUCCAUCUUACCCUAAGCAAGGCCAUUGUGUCAGGAUUCAAAGAAAUUUUUAGAAACUAAACAUGACGUCUCUCUAUUGUGUGACUUGCCUUCCAUUAGCUAUCAGAAGGGUAUACCUGUCAUGUCAUGUUGGGGUAUCUGGAAAAAAAUCCCUAGUGGAUAUUCCUAAAUAUCAUUUUCUUUAUUACACACUUGGUACAGAGGAAAAUCCUGUUGUAAAAACUGUCCUUCAGAGAAGCAUUUUGUUUAAUUAAGCAUUUUCUGAAUCCCAGCCAUUGGUCCAUAGGAGUCCUAUGUUUUUUUUAUUGAGUUAUAAAAAUUAUCUCAAAAAGUGCUUACUCUAGGUUCUUCCUACUUAAUAAGCACACUACUCGUUAAUAAUUUAAAAUAAAAUAGAGUGCUCUUUGCUUUACAGGCCAGACUACAAAUGAGUUGUUUUCAGACCCUAUAAUUUCAUUGGUAAUGUAGCAAUUAUUGUCACCUCUUUCACCACAAAUAUAUAACUGCUGAACUCUAAAAUUAUACAAGUAUUCACCCCAAAAUACAGGAAUUUGGAAGAAGAAAGUGUAUACACAGGAGAAUUCUCCUUGAACAUUCAAACACUUGGUAUUCCAGAGAGAUUGAGUGGCUUUGUUUCAACUCUGUUCUGCAAACUCUGAAUAUGAUAUGUAGCUAUAUAUACUGUUUUAUCUGAUUUCAACUAUAAUCCAACAUUUGCACAUCCUGUGUAGUUCUUAAGCUUUUGAAUUCUCAGCUCUGCCCUCUGUUGGGCAUUUCAUUGUUGUUUAGGUAUUAAUGGGCUCUAUUCCAGAAUUUGCCAUGAAGAGAAAUUAUUUUUCAUUACUACCUGUGAAAUAUGUAUAAAAUAAUGAAUGUUAGUAUAUUAUCAUGCCACUUGGAUAUAGUGUGCUAGCAAAGGUUUUCAGUUUUUCAAGUUUAAUUUUACUAUUAGCUUCCUUAGACUGGUCACUUUGUCAAUUUUGUUGUUCCAAGUUAUUUAGAGGUAGGAAUUGGGUAAAAACAUUUUAUCUUAGCUUUUGGCAGAAAAGUUGUAGAACAAUACAUUUCUUCACUGGAAAUAAACAUCAUUGUAAGAAAGCAGUUAGCUGAGAAGCAUGAAGCCAGUUUGGACAUUUCACAAUAAUGGUGAGAUAAACAUCAUAGCUACCACUUAACACUUAAUUGCCUAGACACUGUGCCAGAUACACUCCGUCAUCUUGUUUAAUUGUCAUUCUUAUGAACUAAAUAUUCCCUUUUUAGAGAGAAAACUAAAACUCAAAAGAGGUUAAGUAAUUUGCUCAAGGCUACUCAGCUAAGUGGUGGAAUGUAACUUUGAACCCUGGUCUGUCUGACAGUUUGCCCUUAUGAAAAGAUUGGACGGGGCAUUAUUGAGUGUCGGCAACACUGGCCAGACCAAAAGACAAGGCCAGCCAGCCUGUCCUGUUUGUAGUACAAAGCCUGAGAUUUUUCACCACUCCAUCUGUUUGCUGCCCUUUUAACAAGCCACUUCAUCACUGACUCAUGCCAAAUGGGGGUUAAAAUAAUUUCACUGCUUCUACCUCAUGAACUUAUGAGGGUGCCUAUGAUGCUACUCAACAGGAUAGCUGUUUGCAUUUCAGGUAUAGAUGAUACUUUGUUGAGUGGAACUGUCUUAAGCAUCAUAGCAUGUCUUGGCAUCCCAGACAUCUGGGCAUGAAAUGCCAGACACACAACACAUCCCCUUCAUUGAAGUACCUGCAAUGGUCCCACAGGUUUCCAGAUGCUCUAUAGGGGGAUGGACCUGCCCCAAGGUUAGAACUACUGAGAGUGAAAAUAGGAAACGGUGAUGUGAUGUAUAUCCUUCACUACCCAAAAAAAACCAAACCUAUGUCUUAUUUGGGAUGGUGUAUCAACUACUCCAAGAGCAUAAGUUCUAUUUUGCUUCAAAGGACUCCACAACUUACUAGCCGGGUGACCCUGAACAAGGUGGCUGAAUGGUCUAAGCCUCUGUUUCACCUAUAAAAAAGGAAUGAAAACUAACAAACAGGCCCUAGUACAGGGGCAAGUGUUCCUUCCUGAGCUUUCCCCAACUCUUCUCUGUUCCCUGCUCUGAGCUGCUCUGGUCUGUCUCCUUUGACUCUGAGAACAUGGUGAGAACAUGGUGAGAUCAUGGUCUAACUUAACUGUGACAAUGUUAAGUGUAAAGAAAUGAAGCCAGUGGGGAGAGGUUGCAUCCCAGCUUUACUGUAAUUAUCUUUGAUGACACAAACAGUGAGGUAGGUUCUAGUCCCCUGACAGGAUACAUCAGUGACUUCUCAGUUUUGUAAUGGAGCAAUUUUUAUCUUCACAUUGGAGCUUAAAACCGUUUGUUUUUUACUAAACACAAGAUUUAUGUCUUGGCUGUUUUGGAAUAUCUUGUACACUAAGACCCCUAAGGGGUAUUUGAAGACAUUAGUUUGAUUAAGCUCACAAAUGUUAUUUAGAGCAAAUAGUAAAACUGACUUUAUGUCUGGCCUCUGAAAGCUUAUUCUACAAAUAAAAAAAGUCUUUUCAUAUUG